AGCAGGUGGCGCUGUCGGGGAGCUGCUGCCACGGAGGCCUGGCUUACCCCAGCGUCGUGCGCAGCGAGCGUCCCCCCCCCCGCACCGGCCCGACGGAGUGCCACGUCUUUGGUGCGGCGGGGCAACGUCGGCUGGCUGGCGCGGGAGGGGCGGUUGCGCCGCGCGUCCGUUUGCGCGCCGGAGAAGCCACUGCCACCGCUCGGCGCCCUGGUCGUCCGCCGCUGGGCCUGAGCCAUGGGCUUGUCUCAGAGCGUGGAGAUACCUGGCGGGGGCACCGAAGGCUACCACGUCCUGAGAGUGCAAGAAAAUUCACCAGGACAUAGAGCUGGAUUGGAGCCAUUCUUUGAUUUUAUUGUUUCUAUUAAUGGUUCCAGGCUGAAUAAAGACAAUGACACACUGAAGGACCUGUUGAAAGCCAAUGUGGAAAAGCCUGUUAAGAUGCUGGUCUAUAGCAGCAAAACCCUGGAGCUCCGAGAGACAUCCGUAACGCCCAGCAACAUGUGGGGAGGUCAGGGCUUGCUGGGCGUGAGCAUUCGGUUUUGCAGCUUUGAUGGCGCCAAUGAGAACGUGUGGCAUGUGCUGGAAGUUGAACCAAAUUCUCCUGCUGCAAUUGCAGGUCUUAGACCUCAUAGCGACUACAUCAUUGGGGCAGAUACUGUCAUGAAUGAGUCUGAAGAUUUAUUCUCUCUCAUUGAAACACAUGAAAGCAAACCAUUAAAACUUUAUGUAUACAACACUGAUACUGAUAAUUGCCGAGAAGUCGUUAUUACCCCAAAUACUGCAUGGGGUGGAGAGGGAAGCCUAGGUUGUGGCAUUGGCUACGGAUACCUGCAUCGAAUACCUACUCGCCCCUUUGAAGAAGGAAAGAAAAUUUCUCUUCCUGGGCAGUUGUCUAAUACACCUAUUAGUCCACUCAAAGAUGGCUUCACAGAAGUGCAACUGUCUUCAGUUAAUCCCCCUUCUUCACUGCCACCUGGAACUACAGGAGUAGAACAAGGCUUGGCUGGUCUUUCCAUUAACACAACUCCUGCUGUCCCUAACGUGCUCAGCACAGGUGUUCCUACAGUGCCAUUAUUGCCGCCUCAAGCAAAUCAAUCUCUUCCCCCAAUUAACUCAGCAGCUCCAUUACCAGGACUGAUGACUUUACCUGCUGGACUUCCCAACCUGGGGAACAUCCCUAACUUGAAUUUACCUGGUCCGCGUUUAAUUCCUGGUCCUGGAUUAGUAGACAUUGGGCAGCCUGGGUUGCCGCCACUUCCUUCCUUGCCUCCAGUCAACCUGUCUGGAAUUGCACCUCUGUCACCGGAAUUCCUUGCCAAGUUCCCACUGGUCAAUGAGAUGGCCACUCUGCCUACGGAUCUGCUGUCUUCUGUUCCCAUCACAACAAGCUUCCCUAUGAAUCCUGGCACGACUGUAAAUGUAGAACAAACCUCUGCACACAUUCUGGAUACGGCUGUUCCUCCCCCCAUGGUUACUACUGCUGCUUCUAAUGCUUCCACUGUCAAUGCAUUAUCUCCUGAAGACAGAGGAGAUGGGAUAACUUCCUUCAGUGAAAAGCCAGCACCCUUGGUCACAGAUACGGCUGUGUCUGAAUCAUCAUAACUUCAACUGAUUGGUUGGAUUGGGCUUGAUGUUAUUCAACAACAGUAUAUGCAAACUAUCAUUACUUUCAUGCUAGUUUGUAUUUGUUGUCAGAGUUCUUGUAAAUAUAGGGAAGGUGACUUAAGGGUCCAGAUUUUUACAAUGGGCUUGGUGUAGGGUAAAGAAAGGGGAAGGAACUGCUUAUAUUUAAAAAAGAAAAAAGAAUAAUAAAAAGGAACUAUCAAGGUAGGAUAUGCAGGUGUCCGCUGCCAAAAUUGAAGAUUUUUUUUAAAAAGGGUAAUCUGACUUCAGUAGGCUACCUUGCUUACUUUCCCCCCUCCCCCCAAAUUUGCUUCUCUUAGAAAUGAGUAAGUAAUUCAUGCUUGUAGUAUAUGAAAACUUUUUUUCUUGUACUUUACAUGAAUUAGAAUUUUGGUAAUACAUUGUGAGGGAUAAAAGUGUUUACUUUUGUCCAAGUUGUACAUUUUAGCAGUAUAAAGAUCUUCAAACUAGAGCUGUUUUAUUAAAAACUUCAGAACACGACUUGUAAAUUCAGCCUCAUUCUUAAAUCUGCCUGUAUGCAGAUCUUUCUGUUGAGCUAUGCCCUUUUACCUAAGCCUAGCCUCUGCUGCUUUGCUUUAUAAGCCCACUGUCAAAAGUAUUGUGAAGAAAUCAAAAGGAAACCUCAUAAUGUUGGGCAUGGCUCAAAAACAGGAAGGUGAAACUUUUGACUUUUUUUUUUUGUAAAACAGGUUGUAUUGAAAGAGGUUACAUAAUGCAAUAAAAUCUGAGGAUUUUAUCUUGUA